GCACAGUUGCGAAUACACAGAGUCAGAAGACAAGACACAGCCCACAGCAAAGACACAGCAACAGCGCACAGCGCACAGCUCAGCGCCGCCGUCGCGUGCGCCUGCUUCCCCACGGACCGCCACAUCCCCAUAUUCACCGGGCAUGGCGGAACAGGCACAGGGAGGGCAAGGGCAAACGGCGCCGCAAGUGCAGCAAAGUGUGGUGACGACGGUGUCCUCGGCACCGCAGCAGUUUCAUCAAGCACAGGGACCGGGACCUCAGACGCAGUUGCAAGCGCAGCUGCCGCCACAGACCAGCAGUGCGUUCAGCUCCGCCAACAUCUCACAAGCGCCACUGCUGGCUACAACACAGGCCAGCGGCGGACCACAAGGCGUGGCAUCGAAUGCUGGGCUGCCGCCUGCUCAAACAUCAGUCGCAGGUCAAAGCAGCACCGCACAUCCGGUUUCCAACACGCCUGUCGCCAUGAUGCCCUUCUUUCCUCAUGCGACAUCAGCCCCUUCAACAUCUACUGCACCACCAUUCACCACCACAGCAAGCACGAUGGGGCAGAAUCACGCGCUACCAAGCAUGAGCGUGCCUAUGACGUCUGCUGCGCCCACGACUACCGCGCCUGUGCCAGUCACAACAAUGCCUGCUGCUUCAAGCAUGAGCGUGCCAAUGACGUCUGUUGCGCCCACGACUACCGCGCCUGUGCCAGUCACAACAAUGCCUCCUCCUUCAAGCAUGAGCGUGCCAAUGACGUCUGCUGCGCCCACGACUACCGCGCCUGUGCCAGUCACAACAAUGCCUCCUCCUUCAAGCAUGAGCGUGCCAAUGACGUCUGCUGCGCCCACGACUACCGCGCCUGUGCCAGUCACAACAAUGCCUGCUGCUUCAAGCAUGAGCGUGCCUAUGACGUCUGCUGCGCCCACGACCACGGCGCCUGUGCCAGUCACAACAAUGCCUCCUCCUUCAAGCAUGAGCGUGCCAAUGACGUCUGCUGCGCCCACGACCACGGCUUCUGCGCUUCUAAUCACCGCAGCAUCCACCGUCCCGACAACCGCAACAUCAACACCACCCGCCGCAACACCAACCACACCGAUGACGACCACCGCACCAACCACCACCGCAACACCAAUCAUACCGUCCACCAUCACAACAUCAUCAACAACAACGCCCACGAUGGCCGCCACGCCCGUCUUGACAGUGUCGCCCCAUCCACAAUCGAGCACCACGCCUGCAACGUCUGCAACACCACCCACCACAACAGCUCAGCCUGUGAUGGCGCAACCAACACCACCCACGCCACCAUUCCCCUCGUUUUCACCGCCCGCUGUACCAACUGCGACCAGCACAGCAGAGCAGACCCAAGCAACAAAAACAGCAGCAGCAGCAACAACAACAAUGACGACAGCUUCAGGCCCUACCACAGCGCAGCAGCAGUCUGCCGCUCUCCCACCAAACCAAGCUGUGACAACCACGGCAGGCGGCACCUCCGCGCCACCGCCAUCAUCAAGUGCAGCCAUGACGCCUGCUCCGCUGCCAACGGCAUCAAUCACAACUUCUCAGGCAUCGUCAACCCAGCAGCAACAACAGCAGCAGCAGCAGCAGCAGCAGCAGCAACAACAACAACAACAACAACAACAACAACAACAACAACAACAACAACAACAACAACAACAACAACAACAACAGCAGCAGCAGCAGCAGCAGCAGCAGCAACAACAGCAGCAGCAGCAGCAGCAGCAGCAACAACAACAACAACAACAACAACAACAACAACAACAACAACAACAACAACAACAACAGCCUGCACUGCAACACAGCACGUCCUUAUACAACAAAUGGCCCUCACCAACACCACCGCUGCACAUGGACACAGCAAUCCGACACGUGCAAGAGCUGCGGCAACAACAGCGUGUUGACACAUCGCCAAACACAACACUGCCUGCAGGCAUGGUGCAGUCUGAUCCCGUCUGGUCCAGAGACGGCUGCUGCGCCUACACCAGCCACAGCGGUCAGCCCCAGGCGACGACGAAGAUUGUGCUCAUCUCCGUGUUCAGCAGGGACAGCGUUGUAAUUGACACUCGGAUCACGGCACGGUGUACUGCUUUGAGCUGGAACGGCCACCAGACAGGCCUGCUGCUCGUGUUUGACAGCGGACUGUUGCAGUUCUGGAAGACAACCGACGGCACCAUCAACAACCUAGCGCUCGUGUGCUCGAAAGAAACAUCGUUGUCCUCCACCAUGUUCGUGACGGAGUGCCCGCCUGCUGCACCCGCCCCACGCCGCGAUGCACCCGAGCCAAACGUCGCCACCGUCAACACCCCGCUCAAGAAGGGGGCUGAUCUGCUGUCAACGCUCGGGUGCCGUGCGUGUGUGUUCCCGCCAUCACUCGAUGUCUGGCUCGUCUUCACCGCCAAGUGGCACAUCGGCAUCAUCACGUUCCAUCAACCAAACGAACCGCAACGGUGGAAAGCGAGAGAGCACACCCGUGGGGAGCUGUACAUAUCCACGCAUCUCCUGCUCAAGCUGGACGAGACCACCCGAAUCAUCGCUGCAAACGGCGCCAUUUUUCCAAGUGGAAAGGGCCUGUGCUCAAUGGUGUACGUUGAGCGCGGAUGCACGUAUCAUCUCGUCACGUCCAUGGACGUCGUGCACAAUCCGCAGCAGCCUGAGGUGUGCAGCAUUAUGAAUGCAAACAUGCUGGUGUCUCCUGUUGCCAUGGGCGCAUCCGAGCAGCUUCGCGCCGCCAAAGUUCAAAUCGACCGCGACGCACGCGAAGACGGCUUUCGCGUCUUCGUCUCGCUCUCGUUCGGCUCUUGCCUCACCACCUUCGCCGUCCUCGUGGCCCCACAAGCGUACAACGAUGUACAGCACUCGCGCUUGCUUCUUCUCCCCGCAUCGCACGAAUCGCACAUGUGUUUGACCCCAAGCGGAGUCAGCACCUCCCUUGGUCUCAAUUACAUCCAUCUCUACGAUGUGUUGGACAAAUCAGAAUCAUGCCAGACGAUCAUCCUUGGGGACGAUGAUGCAACCAAAUGGCAUCACGUCACCACGCUUCAAGGCAUCGAUCUGCCUUCAUCAGAUGACCAAACUUCGGGCGACCAGCCGUCCAAACGCUCAAAGCGAAUGCCGUUUCAUGAUGUGUGCACACUCAGCGUCGCGAACAACGGAGGAUGCAUCCUCAUCGUUCGCUCAGACGGCAAAGUCCAAGUCGCCUUCAAGCAAGCUCGAAACUGGACGCUGGUGGCGAAUGCCAUGGUGCGCUCACUUGGGAACGACGCCACUGCACAAGACAUCACGCCCCUCAUUGGCCUGGAGCGUGAGCUGGCAGAGUCGAGUCUGCUGGUGGCGCAGCGCGUGGUGCAGAUCUCAAACGUCAUCGCGCACCAUCAACACGCCCUCUACCGGCCCCGAUUCGCCCGCAUCCUCUCAGCCAUUCUCCCCACACCGUACAUCAACAUGUACCCGUUUCUCGUACUCGUGAUCCACCACCUCUCAAACCUCAUGACUGCCGCCUUCCGCAAAGUCCUUCCACACCUGCGCCUGCCAGUGGUUGUUCCGCCCAAGACGUCGUCGUUUAGUCUCGACACCGCCCUCGUAUCCACUGGCCUCACACAUGCAGACGUCCAGUCCCUUCCAGGAGGCUUCAUUGCGGGGAUUGCGCCGCUGGCGGUUGCGAGCUCGCGGGCCAUGGUCGCCUUUGUCCGCAUCCUCAAGAUGAUUGCACAUGACCAGUCAUACUUCUUCCUGUUGCAGGGGGAGGGCUGUGUGUCGGUUGGCCCCGCGCUGGUGGCAAUGCACACGCUGUUGGUGCUGUGCGACGCUGUGUCACAUGGCGACUCUGCAUAUGACGAGGUCCACCCACCGGUCCUCUUUCCAUCCACAACACCAGACAAUGCUUCCUCCACCACCACCACAACCACCACUGCAUCCAUGCCACCACCAGCCGCUGUGUUCACUGCACCAGCAUCAGCACCAGCACCAGCAGUAGGAGGCACAACUCCUUCACCAGCACCAGCAACGACAGCAAUGACCACGUCCUCCUCCUCCUCCUCCACCUCCACUACACCCGUGCCCGGCGGUCCUCGCUUGAUGCAGGUGGAUGGGAUGGACGGUGGCGAUGAAAGCAGCAGCCCUGCGCAGCGCUCCACGCCCGGCGCAACACAGGGCACACCGCAGCACAUGUACCAGCAACCACGGUCCUCCCAGCACUAUCAGCAACAGCAACACCCACAACACUACCCACAGCAGCAACAGUACCCGCAUCACCAGCAGCCGUCGCAACAGCACAUGUCGCGCCAACAGCACGCCGCGCUGCUGCAGCAGCAGAUGGGCUUCAGCAUGCGGCGUUUUCGCGCGUCGACGCUCACGCUGCAAAUAAUGCAUGCCUUGUGCUUGCAGCUGAGGGCCAUGGCACCGACCUUGACAUCUUCCAGGUUGCAUAAGCUGCUGAAAUCGCCAGGCACCUGCACGCAGUACACAUUCCUGGACACAGUUGGGCCCACGCUUGACCAAGCCCUGGCGGACCUUGGCAUGGGGCACCUCAUCAAGGAGGAGCGGUUGCUGCCUGAUGUGGCGAUGAACGUGGCGCACUGGACAGUGAGCCGACCAGAGCACCGGGAUCUCCCCUUCAAGGCCUGCCCACGCUGCGGCCUGGUCUACGAUGCCUCGGUGGAGUGUGGGCGGGACUGGUGGUGGCAACGCGCGUUCUCCGCUGCUUGCAUAUGCGGCGGUCGGUGGUGGCUCAAGCAGCCGACAGCAGCGGCGACAAGUGCGGGCACAACGCCUGCGACGACCGACGCUGCUGCGAGCACAGGUCACAACACAACAGAUGGCUUUGAUCUGAGCAGCAUCUUUGCAAAGCCGCCACUGUCCUCCUCCACUGCCGAGCCCUCAGCGCCAACACCACAAACACAACAACAACACCAACCACAGCAACAACAACAACAACCACAGCAGCAGCAACAACAACAACAACAACAACAACAACAACAACAACAACAACAACAACAACAACAACAACAACAAUAA